AUGGAUACCGAAUUUCUCCAGAUUGUGGAAAGCUUCAAAGCGAAGGCAGAGCUAACACCAAAAGAGCGCGACAAUUUCCAAUUCAGCAGCCUCAACGAUGUCCUAUCAACUCUACGCUCAAUUCAGGACAAGCAGUCAAAGACGAAGAGGCUAGUUUUCAUGAGGAGAAUUGAUCCUUUUUUGAAGACUAUGGUUGAGUAUGGGAAAGUCAUAGAGGUCUUUGUUAAUUCAUCAGAGAUCCUUGCAUUUGUUUGGAUUGCCUCCAAUUUUAUCGAGGCAUUUGAUUCUCUCCUCGAUACUUACCAGCAAGUCGGAGACCAGAUUCCUCUCCUGGAGUCAUACAAAGAUCUCUUUUCGAGCCAUCCUCACAUGCGAUCACUUCUGGUUAUGAUUUAUCAGGAUAUCAUGUCCUUCCAUCUGACAGCAUUUCGAUUUUUUCGUCAAAAGUUGUGGAAGCAGUUAUUCCGGUCAAACUGGAAGGGCUUUUCCUCAGAAAUCUCUUUGCUGAAGGAAAAUCUGCGACGUCAUAAGCAACUGAUAGAGGGACGAGCCUCCCUCAUAGAGUUCGAAACCUUGCAAAACCUGCGUGUUUCUGCUGAAGCAAACUUUCGAGAGUUGAAAGAAAUGGAGAACAAACGACGAAAGACCGCGGUACAACAGUGGCUAUGCCCCUCGAAUGUCCAGGUGACUCAAGAGAGGCAUACAAAGGCGAGGUCACUAAAUCCUCAAUCAUGUCGUUGGAUACUGGGAGACAAUCGCUUCCAGCGAUGGUUCCAUCCCAUUUACUGCUCUACUCCGCUUCUCUGGAUCAACGGAAAGCCAGGUGCAGGCAAAUCGGUUUUGACGUCCGUUAUCGUCGAGGAAGCAAUGAGACUCAAUUCUAUCUCAGCAGGUUUCUUCUACUGCGCUCAUGGAAAUCCAGAAAAAGAUGACUUCCUGCCCAUCGCCAGAAGUAUCUUGGCUCAGUUGCUAGCCCAAGACGAAUCCUUACUUCUCCAUUUUGAGGAAAAGAUGUCCACCUCAAGUGGCCAUGCCAUUCUAUCGAGUUUAACACUUGCACAAGAACUCUUACAGGUGGCGUUAGCAAAACGAAAGACGUAUAUUAUUCUCGAUGGAAUUGACGAGUGUGGAAGAGGCCAACGGAAGGAGAUCUGUCGCUGGUUCAGAUCGAUUGUUGACUCGCUUCCUACGUCGAAACAAGACGAAAUUCGAUGUCUCUUCGUCAGCCAGGACGACGGCAUCGCAAGAAAGGAUCUAUCCAUGCUCUCCACCAUCACCAUCACAGUCGAACACAACAGAAUGGACAUUGCAGAGUUUUGUCGCCACUGGCAAACCAGAAUUGAAAAUAGGUUCGGAUCACUGAAGGAACAUGGCCUGAACCUUACCGAGAUUGUGGCUGCGAGGUCACAGGGCAUCUUUAUCUUUGCCAAAUGCGUCCUCGAGGAGCUCUACCAGCAGCCAUGCAAGGACGAUCUUUUACGAGAAUGGCGAACUGACUCCUUUCCUUCCGACCUUAAUGAAGUCUACGAACGAAUACUUCGGCGGCUGAUGGGUGAACAGGUCGAGCAGAGACGCAACGUCACAGAGAAGCUGCUAUCUUGGAUCUCUUUUUCCAAACGACCCCUUCGAUGGUUUGAGAUUCAAGCAUGUAUCUCGAUAGACCUAGACACAGAGACCAUUAAUGAAGAAAAUCGACGACUGGUUGAUACUUCCAAAGAUCUCUGCGCGUCAUUUGUCGAGGUGCACGCUGAUCAAACUGUCGAGCUUGUCCACAGCACAGUGAGAGAGUUUUUGAUGACUCGGGGGAUGAUACAAGCGUCGCAUGCCGAGCUAGAGCUAUGCCUUCUAAGUCUAGCAUAUUUGAAUUUUCCGGACUUUUGCACAACGGUCACUCCACAAUCUACUAGAAGUGCCCUCCUUGCCGGACGUUACUCAUUCUACGAGUAUGCAGUGGCAUGUUGGGUUCCUCACCUGAUGUCGUGGUUAUCAACCGAGAAUCCUGACAACAGCAGCAUUGCUGAGCUGCAAGAAACAAUUGAUCAGUUUCUGGAUCAACAUUUUUCUGAGAGCUGGCCAAAGAGUACCAUCUCCAAGGCUAUGCACGACAAGCUUCAUCUCCUCCAUCGAAUGGAGAAUUAUGAUUCCUUGGCGCAAACGGUAGUGUGGUCAAGAAAGCAGCUUUUGAUCGAAAAAUGUGACAGCGAAGAACCCAACUUGCUCAACUUUCCCGCCAUAACGAGUCAUUUGAGAUCCACUUUGGAGAGUAUGAGCAUGGAGGCCCUUACACCUGAGUCGAAAGCCGCUCUAGAGCUCUACUACGGGAAAAAGUGGUUCAAGUGCCCGAAGAUCUAUUGUCGCCACUUUUACGACGGGUUCCAAUCUCGAGAGAACAGAGAUCAGCAUGUCAGGCGCCACGAACGAGCCUAUACGUGCACUUUCGAUGGCUGCCCCACGGCUACCUUCGGCUGUCUGACUAGAAAUGAUUUGAGCAAGCAUAUGCUUGAGGCUCAUGGCAUUAUCAGUGAAGAGACUGACUUCCCUGAUGUAUCGGACCCGAAUCCUCCGUCGAUGAACAUGCAAAAACACCCUGCAGCAUUUCAGUGCACCCUUUGUCUCAAACGGUUUACGCGAGCACACAACUUGAGAUCGCACUUGAGAACACACGCAGAUGUGCGGCCGUUUGUUUGCACAGUAUGUGGUAAAGCCUUUCCGAGACGGCACGACAGAAAGACACACGAAAAACUCCACUCCGGGGAGAAGCCAUUCGUCUGCAGAGGCGAUCUUAAAGCUGGCGGAGCGUGGGGCUGUGGGCGGGGGUUUAGUAGAGCUUCGGCAUUAGCGAGACAUCUCAAGACAGAGGCUGGUCGCAAAUGCGUGAAACCUCUCCACGUCCAACAGGCGGCAGAACGUUCUCAGGCCGGCUUAACGUCACAACUGUAUCCAACUCCUCCGGGUGCUCCGAAACCUGAUGCAAUGGAUAUUGAUGUCCCAUUUCAAGAGCAUCUUUUUCAGCAGACGGACAGCGACCGACUGCAGCGCUCACCUCGUGGCCACCUUCAGGGGACUUGUUGGCCCAACAUCCCGGUUCUAGUUGAGGCGAAUGAAGGCGAAGUAUGACUCACGGCUUUUGCACUGGCUCAAGUGAAGGAGGAAAAAUAUUGAUAGUUUGAACAAGUUUAUCUCCAAUUGUUCGAGUAAGUCAGCUGGAUCCACUGCCUUAAGCAGUAAAUACUGCGCCACCGGCACAGG